GCUGGAGGAGCCAUUGCUAUAGACCUCCACAGUUCUCUACACAAUCAAAGAUGAGCGUAUCACAAGAAGAGAUGAAGGCAUACCGUGUCCCUCUAGGUUACAGGGACAACUGUGCACACCUUCUUAUCCCAUUGAACAGCUGCAGAAUCAAGACCCUGUACGCACCAUGGAAGUGCGAGGAUGAGCGUCACUCUUAUGAGAAGUGUCAAUAUGAAGAUUUCAAGAAGCGUGUGGCGGAGAUGAAGGAGUUGAAGGAGGCAGCUGCAGAAGAGUGA